AUGGGAGCUGCCCCAAACCUCCGGUCAAUCAUUUUGUUCUUUCUUUCCUUAGACCUUUAUGCAGCAUUUGACAUCAUAUGCGAUCACGUGGGGAAGGACUGGAGAAGACUGGCUCGCCAGCUUAAAGUGCCUGACAGCAAGAUCGAUGCCAUCGAGGUGAAGUAUCCCCGGAACCUGACCGAGCAGGUGAGGGAGUCGCUGAGAGUCUGGAAGACCACUGCAGGGGAGCGGGCGGCCGUGCCCCACCUGGUGCAGGCGCUCAGGGCCUGCCGGCUCAACCUGGUGGCAGACCUCCUCGAGGAGCACCAGCAGGCCCAGGACCUCCAGCGCGAGAACGAGAGCGGAAGCAGCACUGUGUCCCUCAUGUCGUGGGACGUGGACACACCCAGCACGAGAGCCUCCUCCUGACGCCGCUGCUCUUCUCCGGGGACCCCUCCACCGAGCUUGACCAGGGCUUCCGUGCGCCUGCGCUGUGAAGACCUCACAGUGAGCCAGGACAAGCGACCUCAGCGCUCACUCGCACAGCCACAGGCAUCUCGGCCAGAGCGCCGACUUAGCACACACUGUGUGCCAGGUGGAGGUUCAGGCCUGGUACCCAUACAUCCAUUCGUUCUUCUUGGUCACCCUGUGAAAGGGAGCCUGGCCUCCAUUAAGUGAGUUUCUACAGAGGGAUUUUGGAACCAUAUCCAGCACAUAAAAGGAAUCUGGCCCUGGUUGUUACCUCACGAUUCUCAGGGGAGGGAGGGAGCUCAGAGUUAAGGCACUGGAGGGAACUGGGGCUGGUGCCAGCAGAGCUGGGAUUGGAGGCAGUGCGCCAGCUCAGAGCCCACUCUGCUCGUGAGGCUGUCCGUGCGGACCGUGUGCUAGGGCAGCGCGUGGGCGAGAAGCACCCCUGCUCCAGGCCCUGCCCCUGCCCCUGCCCCUGCGGGAGCUGCCUCCUCUGAGGGGUGCCUGUUCGGGGCUCAGCAGUGAAGUGAUCUCACAGUCAGCUCCUCACUCAGCCCUUAGGAGCACUAUGAUCCCUGUGAAUCCAGUUACUGUUGUAUCAGAUCACUGUCCUCUGGUAACAGAGUUGGCAAGGGACUGGGAUCUGUCUUCCUGUUUCUACAGUAAUCGUACUAAGCAAAUGCCUUUAUAGCAAAAACCUCCCUGUUACAGAUAAUUUUCCAUUUCUAUCGUUUUUAUAUCACAUAUUCUCCAGAGUCCCGUCUCAGCCGAUCAUGGUCUCCCUCGCAGCCCAUCCUGGGCUCAGCCUGAGUGGCCGCAGUUCCUCACAGUUGCCCCCACCUCUGAAUAGGGGAGCGUUACCCUCAGGAAACUGGGUCUGGAGGGCAGCGUUCGCUGCUUGGGCCCUGCCUACCUCCAGGAGGCACCCGGAGCCAAGUGGUGCCCCUAGUCUGGGCCUUCCCGCUGCCACCUGGGAACAGCCACAUGUGAUGGGAUGUCAUGCGUGUGCCUCCCCCUGAGGACAGCCACUGCCCCCACUCAGUGUGGACCCGGCCCUUGAGCCCCCACACCUUCAGCAGAUACUUCCUAUGCCAGGAGCUGGGCCACAGCAGCACACAGGACAGCGUGGCCCUACUCCGUUCACCCCGAAAGCCUGCCGGAACAGGGCGCUAACCAGCCCAUCACAGGUCUGGGUGCUGCCUAGGAGCUGAGCUGGUUUCUGUCCCAUACGGGGUGGUCCGGCCCCGUGUUCACGCUACACACCCCCACCCACCAGCAGCACCCUCUUCAAGCCCCAGGCCAGCCCAGUUCUGUGGAUAGCAGACGUCAUCGCCAUCAGCAAAUGUGAGUGGCUUCCCGAAUGGGCAGCUUGGGAAUUGAGUUCUGGGCAGUGUGUCCAUAUGUCUUGCCCAGAGAUAGGUUUUAGAGGUUCUGCCGUUCCUAUGGUUUGUGGUGUCCACUGUUGGGACGUGUGGAGCAGCUGGCAGCAUCCUCCCUCCCCCACGUCCUCCCUCUCCCACGUCCUCCCUCCCCCACAUGCUCUAAGAACCCCAGCCCUCCAUCAUGCCAGGUGCUCCGAUAGAGGCUUUGAUGGGCGUGGCUGCUGUACCCAAAAUUUCCCAUUGCCCGGUGACAUCACACAGGCUCAGUCCUCAGCUCUGCUGCCAGCUUGCUCCAGUGGCCCAUCACCCAGUGCCACGUGCAGUGAGGCACUGAGAUCCCGGGACCCCUGUCCCUGUGGUGAGGGAGGAGCCCUAGCCUUGGGCAGCCUCCCCUCAUCCUCUGUGUGAUCUAAUCUCACUCAAACAAAGCUUGGGUCUUGAGUUGUAAAACUCGGCAAAGGUGAUGGGUGACAAAAUGCCUCCAACUGAUGCUGCUGGGCCCAGGGGGUCCUAGCCCUGGGCUGCUGUGUGCCACCAGGUCAGAGUCAGAGGGUGGGGUAAGAUGAGGCUUCGAGCCAGAUGGAAGCGUGCACGUGGUCGGGAGGCUUCCAUGGGACCACCACCGAGCCUGGCGGUGAGACUCGGUCGAACAGGACACGCAGCCUGUCCUUGAGAUGCACAGUGUCCCCAGUUUUGUAAAACAAGGAAACAUAAACCAUACACCUACCUUGUACAAAGCACAGAUGGGCGCAGGUGAAAUGCACUCAGCAAGCAUCUGAGAACGGCUAUUUGCUGAUGACAGGGCUACUGUACUUGUGUUUUCCGCAUUUUCUUUGAUGUGUGGGGUAACCUGGACUAUUUGGUGGGGUGUUCUGCCCCUGGAGAGCAUGUGGCUCGAGUCUGACACAGGUGGCGAAGGCUGCUUCCGCGGAACGUUCUGGGCCUUUCCAUAGCCUCUCCUGGGACAGACAGGGUUGAUGUCUGAUCAGAGCCAUGGCCUUGACAGGGUCGGUUCCACCACCCAAAUGAGGGAGCUGCUACAGUGUUUGGAAAAGCAGUUCUCAUAGCAACCCAUGUGCCUUGUUUUUUGCAAUCGUGAAAUCGUAUGUUUCUAAUAAAGGUGUGUAGACAAGUCAACUCGAAA